CUUGCAACCCUGACCUCGUUAUACCUCAUACAAGCAUUAGGACAGGCAGAUGUCAAGGUUCUCUUGGAAAAGUACAAGUAUUUGGAGAUCUUCUGCCUGAUUGAUGGGCACCUCAUCAUUUCCACCAUCUCCUGCCUCUUUGCCAUUGUGGCUUUAAUAUGGGAUUACCUUCACCCCUUCCCUGAAUCCAAGCCAGUCCUUGACAUAUGUGUAGUAUCAUAUUAUGGUAUUAUGGGGAUUCUGACCAUCUAUACAUCAUAUAAGAAGAAGAGCAUCUUCCUGGUAGCACACAGAAGAGAUCCCGAUGACAUCUGGCAGCUUUCCUCAAGCCUGAAAAGGUUUGAUGACAAAUACACCCUCAAAAUUAAGUUCAUCAGCAAGUGAACCACAGCAGAGGAAGCCAAGUCCAUCGCCAAGUUCUUUGAUGAGAACAGCACCUUAGUCAUGGAGGCCUUAGAGCUGAAGGUCUCCAAGCUCCAUGACAGCCUUCUCAUGGAAAGGAAGACCAAGUAGGCAAAGCCCAGCGUCCGCCUUGCCAAGUUUAAGCCAAUAAAGCAAAAUAGCAAUAAGGAAAAAAAACAAGCAUUAGGACAGGGAGAUAGAAUACCAGCAAAAGAGCCCAAACUAGCCUUUAAAUAAGCUUGAAUGGCCAUGAGAAGCUUGAAGCCUGAAAUUAUUUU